AUGCCCGAAAUGACUCAAGAAUUGCCUGAAAAGACUGUCAAGCGCAUAGAAGAACCGGCCAUCUCGUUGAAGAAAAUCGCUCAACUCGAAGCCGAUUCGGAAGAAAUCAAAAAGGACAAAGACGUCGAGAUGCGCCAAUUGGCAGCAAGCAUGGUUCAAAUCGAGGCGAAUUUGAAAAUCACGGAGUUGGAGGCCGAUUUGGUUGACGAAAGGGAGAGAAAUCGAGAAUUGGAAAGGAAAAUCGCCGAGACGAAAAGGAAGAACGACGAUCUCGAAACCCAAUUAAAUCGGACGAUGAAUCUCUUGGAUCUGUAUCGGGAUGGAUGGUCGUAUUUGGCGAAAACGGCUUCGUGGUAUAAGGGUUUUGGUCAAUGGAUGACAUUUGAUGAAGCCGAGGCAUAUUGUGCGAGUCGAAAGGGCCAUUUAGUCUCAAUUCACAGUCAGGAAGAGAACGAUUUUGUUUGGAAACUCGCGAAAAAUUUUCCUGCGAAUCGGUCGUUCUGGAUAGGACUGAAGAGAAAUCUGGACAAAGGAAAUGCUUUUGAAUGGACGGAUGGAAGUUCGGUGGAUUUCACGAAUUGGAUGGUGGGAGAGCCGGAUUCGUACACCCACGCUGUGCUUUGGAACGACAAGGGGAAAUGGGGGGUCGAUCCUCCUAACGAGGAGUUUCAAUUUAUCUGCAAAAGGGACGCUGAAUUC